AUUGGCGCAGAUUUGUGUCCUCAGCUGAUCGCCCGGAAGAGUUUCAAAUUCCGAGUUUUCCAGAGGUUUAAUUCUAGUCAUGGCAGAUGACUAUGUUCCCGCCAGUCCGAUUCUACAUAAGGCCAAAAAGCGAAAAGCAGGCCUUCUGCAGAGACGAGCGAAACGGCAGCGUAGAAGAAGCGGAAAGGCAGCUGAAGUGACACCGAGUACUUCCAUGAACGACCAGAACACAACAAAUCCUCUGGAAAAUGAAUCAACUGAUGAAGUUUUCCAAGAGUCGAAGAUCUGUGGCGAAUCCCAACCGGAUAUUACUGCAUUAUAUUGGCCUGACACAGGCGGGCAAAGCACAACCGACCUCGAAGGUGUUGACAUCUUUGCCGAAGCUCGGCUUCUUGAGGAAGCGAACAAGGUCCCCAUCAAAGUUGCGAGUAAGAUUCCACCGACGCUCGUCACAGGAGAGUUCACAACGUUCGAAGUAUUCUCGCAAAAAGUGAAUCCACAAAGUUCCCCUCCGAAGCCCGCGUUAGACACGCAGUUCGGGACAGAAUCUGAGUUCCUUAAAGUGUGUGAAGUGGUCGAUGCUGUUUCUGAUUUGCAUCGGAACAUUCCCCAGUUUUCCCAGUGGGGGAGUCCUCUCACAAAAACAGUGGCUGCUAGUACUCCAGCGCCUGUGGGACGAGAACAAACUGCAUAUCAAAAUCCCAGGGCCAGCCCCUCUACCGCCGCUAUUGGUUUACCUACGAAAUCCGGCGUAAGUCCUCCACUCCGACGGGCACAAACUUCACCAGUGCCCGGAACGUCUUAUUCUUGCCGAAAAUAUGGCUACGAAAUAGAAAAGGCUGCGCGGAAACGAAUCAACUUCUUCGAUGAUUCAGACUCAAAGUCAUCUCUUGGCUCCGACAUCUCCGUACAAAGCGACGACGGAGUCCAGUUCACACCAUUGGAUAGCGUCGACCUCAACAAAUCUUUGCACGUUCAGGAGAAUCUCCAGAAUUUAAGCUCAUUCUUCUCCCAGUCAUUUGUCCAGGAGGAUGUUGACGCCGCGACGAAUGGUGUCUUCCGGUAUAUCAUGAAGUUAAAGAGUAAGAAGAAGGACGUGCAGAUGAUUCAUGCCUUCAGGAGUGGGAAGAAUUUCAGCUAUGACCGCACUGAUUCUAGUGGACCGUUUGAAGGAUUUGCGACGGAGGAUGAUUCCGAAUCGAUAUCCGUGCAAAGCAGUGUCAACAACUUGCAUGACCUUCUUGGGGAGGAUGACGAAUUCUUCCAGGACUUUGCAGAAGAAAGAACCAAAAACAGCGAGCUGACGACCGACCUGGAUGUCGAGAGCAUUCUGAGGGGAGCCGACAGGGUGUUGCAAGAGGCGUCUCAAUAUAUUACCAAAAAAGAAGUAGAAUGCCUUAAAUACGAAGAGGAGACGAAAAAUACCGAUGUUGUUGCUGGCAUAAAUCUCGAUGCACUUCUUCAUGGUGAAAUAUUAGGCACACCAAAAGUAGCGAAACUAAGUGAAAACAGCGCCGUUGAGUUAAGCCCGUUUCAGUGGAUUAUGCGACCGAAAAUACAUAAUAGUAUAACUGCCUCUGACAUAGAAUUCGACAGUGAACCAAAGGACGAAAAAUAUGCCAUCAAGGAUGAUUCUCCUACACGGUUAAAUGUAACGUUCACAGUAACGAAGUCACCGGCAAACAAAGAUGAGCAGAUAAUCUCUGAUGAUGAAAUCUCCCACUUCAUCCUGGAGGCAAAUACUUCAGUAGAAGAUGAUGAUACCAACCUGAAAAGCUGUUUGGAAUCUGUCGCAAGCGAAAGAGAGAAUAUUCCCAAGGCAGACUUGACCUUCCAUGGAAAGGAAUUAGUUCACUGCAAAUUACAUAUAGAAAAUCCUUUUCUAAACAUAAAACUAUCAGACGCAAAUUUUAACGACUCCAACCAAGGCGCGAAUGGUUACCUUGGAUUUACAUCGGCUUCAGGUAAAGCGCUGAAAAUUUCAGAAAAGGCGUUAGAGGCUGCUAAAAAGAUUAUGGAUAAGGAAAUGCAAUUGGAGCCAGGAAAUGUUCCUACUUUCAGUAAGAGAUCUAUGGAUGGUAGCAAUGAUGUUGGUAAAUUUAAAAGUCCAGCAGCGAUCAGUACGAAAAACAUACCGUCGCAGAUUGAUUAUAAAGGGAACAUUGAAGCAAGGGGUUGCGUGAUGGAAAAUUCUAGAAAAAAUGCAAAACACAAUAUGGCCGGGGUCGAAUCCCCACUGAGUCAUGCCCCAAGAUCACUAAUGACAGGCUUCCAGUCAGCAUCGGGUAGAAAUCUUUUUAUCUCCCAUGCGGCGCAGCAAAAAGCAGAGCAGUUGGUUGCUGAAUGUGAGAAAGAUGUUCCCAAGAUCAACGCCGAUGAAGAGAACAAUAUUAAUUUACAAAAUCCAUCAUCUAGCGACGCUAAAUCGAAGAAUAUGUUGUCGAAAUGCAGCUCUAGGCAAAUGGCUGUGAAAAAUUCGCUGCUUGCUGUCCAAACCAAACCAAUUGAUAAGAGAUCGUUUUUACGCAAUAAUGCUGAUGAUAUUGAAGACAUCAAUGCUAGAGCCAAUCCGAAAAUGUUAGCUAAUGUGAAUCAGAAGAAAUCAGAUUCUUCCAAGCAUAUGAGUAUUCUGGAGCAAAGUUCAAAUAUUUCAUCAAAGUCCCUGACUGGGUUUGGAGUUCCUCAAAAUGAUGGCUGGGAAAGUAAUCUACAUUUUGAACCCUCAACGCAUAUUGGCUUCCAGUCCGCUUCUGGUAAGAAAAUUUCAGUUUCCGAAGUCGCACAACAACGGGCUGUUAAAAUGAUGCUGGAGGAAAUGAAUGCUGCUAAUAUCGACUUGCCUGCCGUUGGGAAUUCUACCCCUCAUUUCGAAAAAGUGGGUAAUAGCAAAGUUUCGAUGCAAUUAGGGUCGGCUAAAAGCAACUCUACUAACAACGUAACACAAGAAAAUGUUCCGGAGCAGAUCGAGGAAAAUAUUAAACCAACCACAAACCUCGUUUUGAAUUGCGGGUUCAAAACGGCUGCAGGAUCUUGUAUCAAGAUUACAGAUGCAGCUCGUCUGAAAGCUGAAAAAAUAAUAGCUGAAAUUGAUAAUGGAGAAGCAAUGGGUAAGCUCUCAAAUGCCCCUUGGCAUAAUAACCUUAGAAAGGAUGGAGAGGAGAAUCUUAUUAAAACAAAUUCUGAUCAGCUUGCCAUUGUUGGCUUCCAGGAUGCAUCUGGAAAAACGAUCAAAGUAUCCGAGAAAGCUAUGGCAUUAGCUGAAAAUAUGAUGGAGGAGGAAGGAGAUGAUAUUCUGGCGAAUGUGAAACUUUCACAAAUAAGGAAUGCAGUGGUUGGCCACGGUAAUAAUGAAAAUAUAAAGAAAAAAGCUGACAGAACUGAAAAAAGGAUGGAUAGUUCUGCAAAGGUUAAGCAUGCUUUAGAACGUUCUUAUUCUACGAAACGUAUACUUCGAUCCAAUGCAAUUAGGAAUGAAACUAAUGCUUCUGUAGAACUUGCGUUGAAUCCCGCUCCCUCAUCAAAAAUGCAAUUGUCUUCAUCGGAUUUGAUGAACCCUAAUGAAACGAAUUCACGUGACGUUUGCGACGAAAAUAUAGCAAGGAACUUUGGAGUACUCGAGAGUAUCCCCAGCAAUAAACAGGUUCCACAAUGUAGAAGUUUAGCAAAACGUGUCCUUCGCUCAAAUUCGGUCGAGAAUAGCUCGAAAACUAUCUUAGAAAAUUCAAUAACUACUCCCAAUAGAAAAGAAUCUCCACUGACGACCGCAUCAGACUCUUUAACACCGCUGCGAUCCGUUUCGGAGUUCACUGCAUCCAAAAAUCGUCUUAGCCUCUCUCGGAAGAGAUUUAACUCACCAGCUGUUGCUUCUGGAAAGUCUGAAACGCCUAUAAGACCGACUCCUUUCCCUUCAAAAAUCGCAACACCGAAUUUGCAAGAGUUUUUCGAUUCUGUAGAAACUAGUACACCAAAAAAUUGCUGCAAAUCCCGGGCUAGACAAAAAUUGACGGAAAGCCAAGAGGUCUCUGCAAGUAAAACAGCCUUAUUAGAAGACGAAGCGGAAACUGGAAGCAUUCAAAGUGGUAUACGGAAAAUUAGUUGGGAUUUAUUCAUCGAGGAGUCAUCGAAGGCAUCAUCACCGACAUCCUGUGAAAAAGCAUCUUUAGUUAUUCUGAGCAGACGGGCUCAGAAGAGACACGAGCAAAUGGAACUAAUAAAAAGUAAAAAUCACUUUCAAGGGUACUUAAAGGGAGGAUUUCUAUUCGUUAACAAAAGUCGACCCAAUCGCAUGAAGUUAAACGAUUUGAUCAAAGGCUCUGAGAAACGAAUACUUACACCCAUGAAACCUUCAGACGCAUUGAAUUAUAAGUUUGUAGCAUCAAAUGAUGAAAUCAGCAUUGAAACACAAGAUGAAUGUUACAUCGUCCCGGACGACGAAAACAAAGUAGGAUUGGACGAGAUUAGAAAUGCCUUCUUGUCAAUCCCCUCAGUUGCCCCGAACCUGAUCCCAUUUAACUGGAUACAACAUCAUUACGAGAUGAUAAUUCUCAAACUUCAUUGGCUGGAAACUUUCUUGCCUGGAUCUCUGACUUCUCAAAAUGUAUGUCUUCAAUUGAAAUACCGUUAUGACCAUGAAAUCGAUCGCACUCAUAGAUCUGCACUGCGAAGAAUUUUAGAAAUGGACGACAGUCCAGCUAAACGCUUGGUCUUGAUAGUUGCGGACAUUCAUUAUACAGAAUUCAACACCGAAAUCGAGUUAAGCGAUCGUUGGUACACAAUAAGAGCUGUAAUCGAUCCAGCGAUGCAAAGCUUGGUAGACGAGGGUAAAGUUAAAGUUGGGACCAAACUAAUGAUACAAUCCAGUGAACUUUUGAAUUGCAACGAAGGCUGCUCACCUCUAGAAAUUCCAGAAAACGUCCGAUUGAAAAUACACACUAACUCUAUCCGUAGAGCCCGUUGGGAUACGAAACUGGGGUUCUACAAAGUCAAAAGGCCUUUUCUCUUAGGUCUGAAGCAGGUUCGCGUACAUGGCGGUUUAAUUACCAAACUUGAACUUUGUAUUUUAAGAGUUUACCCAUCAAUUUACUUGAAAGGCAGUAACAAAGAUGGAAAUGUUUCAGAAUUCCAUUCCGAGAAAGUGGAGCAGCAACAUCAAAACCAGCAAGAUAUUUCCAAACUUGAAAAUAUUGAGGCUAUUUUUAGUGAAGUGCAAAAAGAAAUUGAAACGGAAGAACGAGAGUCGAGUGCAAUUAAAUACGGAAUCAGGAGAAAUAUUAAAGAAAUUAGGGAUCCGAUCGAAUUAUAUAAUAUUCUUAGGUGGGAGGGUGACACGAGUGAAAUUGAGGCUGAGCUGACAUCUGACCAACGAAAUCUUCUCGCUGAUUAUAAGCAACGAGUUCAUGCGGAACAGAUGAAGGAAAUACAAAAGCGGGUGCAAGAUAGACUCCAAAAUCAGCCCACACUCGAAAGAUCAAGAGAACUACUCAAGCUGCGUGUCGGGGACUGUCGAUGCCCUAGCACUAAUGCCAUCCUUUCCAUCUGGUCACCACAUCCCGAAACAAAAAGUUUGCUUCGAGAAUGCUCAGUUGUUGAAGCGACUCAUCUGCUUCCGAUGGAACAUCACUCCCUCGAAGUACAAUUGGCCUCGACGAAAAUGUCCCAAUUCAAACGACUCCGUGAUAUGAAAGAUCACAUCGCUGAUCAACGACAGAGCGUUCCUACACACUUUUUCCGCCAUGUAUCCGUCAUCAAAGAGAUUCAAUUGCCAAGUUUCAAGCCCGCCUUUAACGAACUCGACACUUGUGGCCUAGUUGUUAUGGUAGGUGACGAUGACACUACAAGAAAUUGUCAAGCAAAAAAAUUCCAGCCCGUGUACAUAGCUGAUUCGGACGAAAACAUUCUUUGCUUGAAUUUCUGGAUUGGAGUGAAGAACUAUGGAUAUGAAGAUGUCAUUCAAGUUCAUCGAUUCGUAACAGCGAAUAAUUUGCAAUGGCGUAGCAAUAGCGCCAGUGGCCCCAUACCUAUCGCUUUUGUAACACCCAGCACGGUAUUCACCGAGAAACCGAAAAAUCAGGACAUGUUGCAUGCCCUGGAGACUCUGAAAGCACAUUUUCAAAAUUCCAUUGAUGAAAAAAACACUACUCGAGAAUUCGUUGAACGAUGCCAGGAGAAAAUCAAAGAGAUUAAAUCGCGACCUAAAUGUUUAUCGAAUUCAACGUUGUCAGCGUUGAGUGCUUCAAGCAGACUUAAUAAUUCAAAUAAUUCAUCGGCGAAUAACCACACAAGUACUUCUAUGAAUGCAAGUACAAGUUCGAAUAAUAGCUCCUCAACGAUUGUUGGAAAGCCUUCGGUUCAGGAGCGCAUUGAGAAAAUAAAAAUUUACGGCAACCCGCCGAACAUAUCCCCGAUACUAGUGAAACGUACGCGUUCAGUGAGGAGGGGUUUUAAGGUGCCAAGCAGAAUUCCAGACAAUGGUGUUAGUUGAUUGGAACUUUUAUUCUCGAGAUUAAAAUGGUUGGCCUUACAACCUGUUACAUUUUAUGUUCAUGAAUGUGCCUUUUAUGUAAUUGUUUUUGUUGGAAGAAUAAAACAUAUUGAUUUUGA